UAAACAGCAAUAUAUAACUUUGUGGUGUAUAUACACUUGAGUAGUAAGAAAAAAUGGCACUAUCGCAGCUCCCAGCAGGCUCCCAAAGCUCUAAUUCGCUAUUCAGCGUACUAGAGAUCGCCAAAGAGCCCUUAAUCUCAGUCCCACAAUGUUACGUGCGUUUGGAACAAGAGCCAACUCCAUCUGAACUCUCUGAUAGUCAUAAGGGCACCUUCCCUUCUAUCCCUACUAUCGAUAUGACGAAAUUUGUUAACGGAGAAACCUCAGACUUUGCAAGUCAACUAGAAAAACUGCACUCAACUUGCAAAGAUUGGGGCAUUUUUCAGUUGGUGAACCAUGGAGUUAGCCCUAUGCUGUUAGAGAAGCUGAAACAUGAGGUUCAAGUGUUCUUUAAGCUUCCCUUGGAAGAGAAAAUGAAAUAUACAAUAAGAUCAGGUGAUUUUGAAGGGUAUGGAAACAUAGUCAAGACCAAAGACCAAAAGCUUGACUGGGGUGAUAGGUUCUAUAUGAUAACCAACCCUAUUCAUCGAAGAAAUCCGUACCUCUUCGCGGAGCUCCCUUCUUCCCUCAGGAAUACCUUGGAGUCAUACUUUAUGGAAUUGGAUCAACUUGCUAUGAGACUUCUUGGGUUUAUGGCGAAGGCUCUGAAGAUAGAGAUGAGUGAGAUAGAGGAGUUGUUUGAUAAAGAUGGGGUGCAAUCAGUGAGGAUGACAUACUAUCCUCCAUGUCCACAACCAGAGCUGGUUGUAGGGCUCACACCUCACUCGGAUGCAACUGGGAUCACCAUCCUCAACCAGCUUAAUGGAGACGGUCUCCAAAUUAAAAAAGACGGGGUUUGGAUGCCUGUCAACUUCCAUAAAGAUGCUUUUGUGGUGAAUGUAGGGGACAUCUUUGAGAUGCUGAGCAACAGAGUGUACAAAAGCAUUGAACACAGGGUAAUGGUGAAUUCAGAGAAGGAAAGGGUGUCGGUUGCGAUGUUCUUCGUCCCUAAAUAUGAGGCAGAGAUUGGGCCACUCAGAAGCUUGGUAUCCCCCCAAAACCCACCACUGUUCAAAAGGAUUGGGACGGAAAAGUACGUGAACGAUUUCUUCUCCCGCCGUAGGCUUGAUGGAAAAUCGUACUUGGAGCAGAUGAAAAUCCAAAAUGUUUGACUAAUGGCUGAUCGAUCCUAUCGAUUAGUCAUUCAUCAAGAUAUAUAGUACUAUAUGGUGUGACAAUAAUUAAAGUUGUGCAUGUAUAUUGUAUAUGCAUAUGCUUUUCCAAAUGAGUGGGGUAUUUGAUUAUAAUGUGCCUACAUUUCCUAUGUUUCAAGCAUGCAUGCAUGCAUGUUAUAGCUCCUAUUUGGUAUGUUGUGUAUAAUAUAUGCUUUUGUAAAAUUCAAAAAGGAAAUAAAAUAUGUGUUGUUUUUUGUGA